AUUUCUCUUGGAAAGAAAGUUAUUAUCGACCCACUAUGUCCCAGAGCACACAGACAAGUGAAUUCCUCAGUCCAGAGGUUUUCCAGCAUAUCUGGGAUUUUCUGGAACAGCCCAUAUGUUCAGUUCAGCCCAUUGACUUGAACUUUGUAGAUGAACCAUCAGAAAAUGGAGCAACAAACAAGAUUGAGAUUAGCAUGGACUGUAUCCACAUGCAGGACUCGGACCUGAGUGACCCCAUGUGGCCACAGUACACGAACCUGGGGCUCUUGAACAGCAUGGACCAGCAGAUUCAGAACGGCUCCUCGUCCACCAGCCCCUACAACACAGACCACGCGCAGAACAGCGUCACGGCGCCCUCGCCCUAUGCGCAGCCCAGCUCCACCUUCGACGCCCUCUCGCCCUCGCCCGCCAUCCCCUCCAACACCGACUACCCGGGCCCGCACAGCUUCGACGUGUCCUUCCAACAGUCCAGCACCGCCAAGUCAGCCACCUGGACGUAUUCCACGGAACUGAAGAAACUCUACUGCCAAAUUGCCAAGACAUGCCCCAUCCAGAUCAAGGUGAUGACCCCACCUCCUCAGGGCGCGGUCAUCCGAGCCAUGCCCGUCUACAAGAAAGCUGAGCAUGUCACCGAGGUGGUGAAGCGGUGCCCCAACCACGAGCUGAGCCGUGAAUUCAACGAGGGACAGAUUGCCCCUCCCAGUCAUUUGAUUCGAGUGGAAGGGAACAGCCAUGCCCAGUAUGUAGAAGACCCCAUCACAGGCAGACAGAGUGUGCUGGUACCUUACGAGCCACCCCAGGUUGGCACUGAAUUCACGACAGUCUUAUACAAUUUCAUGUGUAACAGCAGUUGUGUUGGAGGGAUGAACCGCCGUCCAAUUUUAAUCAUUGUUACUCUGGAAACCAGAGAUGGGCAAGUCCUGGGCCGGCGCUGCUUCGAGGCCCGGAUCUGUGCUUGCCCCGGGAGAGACAGGAAGGCCGAUGAAGACAGCAUCCGGAAGCAGCAGGUCUCGGACAGCACAAAGAACGGUGAUGGUACGAAGCGCCCUUUUCGUCAGAACACACAUGGCAUCCAGAUGACAUCCAUCAAGAAACGGAGAUCUCCAGAUGAUGAGCUGUUAUACUUACCAGUGAGGGGCCGUGAGACAUACGAAAUGCUGUUGAAGAUCAAAGAAUCCCUGGAACUCAUGCAGUACCUCCCGCAGCACACGAUUGAGACAUACAGGCAGCAGCAGCAGCAGCAGCACCAGCAUUUACUUCAGAAACAGACCUCGAUGCAGUCUCAGUCUUCCUACGGUAACAGCUCCCCACCUCUGAACAAAAUGAACAGCAUGAACAAGCUGCCUUCCGUGAGCCAGCUGAUCAACCCUCAGCAGCGCAACGCCCUCACCCCCACCACCAUUCCCGAUGGCAUGGGAUCCAACAUUCCUAUGAUGGGCACCCACAUGCCAGUGGCUGGAGACAUGAAUGGACUCAGCCCCACCCAGGCCCUCCCUCCCCCUCUCUCCAUGCCAUCCACCUCCCACUGCACCCCCCCACCUCCGUACCCCACAGAUUGCAGCCUUGUCAGUUUCUUAGCGAGGUUGGGCUGUUCAUCAUGUCUGGACUAUUUCACGACCCAGGGGCUGACCACCAUCUAUCAGAUUGAGCAUUACUCCAUGGAUGAUUUGGCAAGUCUAAAAAUCCCUGAGCAAUUCCGACAUGCAAUCUGGAAAGGCAUCCUGGACCACCGGCAGCUGCAUGACUUCUCUUCCCCUCCCCACCUCCUGCGGACCCCGAGUGGUACUUCUACAGUCAGUGUGGGCUCCAGUGAGACCCGGGGUGAGCGUGUUAUUGACGCUGUGCGCUUCACCCUCCGCCAAACCAUCUCCUUCCCACCGCGCGAUGAGUGGAAUGACUUCAACUUUGACAUGGAUGCUCGUCGCAACAAGCAACAGCGUAUCAAAGAGGAGGGGGAGUGAGCACUGCUGUGUGAGCUCUUGCCAUCCUCUUUCUGCCUGACUACCCUCCUCCAAGGCACUACUGCUUGACCUUCAAAGCAUUCUCCUUGCCUCCUUUCUCUUCUCGGUCUGGUAGCUUAAGGGAAGGAGAAGUAAGAGGCUACAUUUACCUAAUGUCCAACCAGGUGUCUGAUUCUGAUUCUGGCUUUAAGCCUUCAAAUCUAUUGCUUACAAGACUAAAGUUGCCAUGAUUAGGUAGAACUGAGCAAAAAAGCAGUAAGUGAUUUCUUAAGCUGCAGAGCUCUCUCAUUGACUUUUAUAAAGCAUUUUCACUCUUAUAGUCUAAGACUAUAUAUUUAAAUAUAUAAAUAUACAGUAUAUAUAAUUGAGUGGGGGGCAUUGAGUAUUGUUUAAAAUGUAAUUUAAAGAAGAGGAAAUCGAGUUGCACUUAGUGACUUUUUUUUUUUUAAUUUACUUGUUUUGGAUAGCUUAUCUAUACCCCUUCUCCCAAGGGAGACCAUGUAUGGUAAUACCUAUUUAGAGCUUGUGGUACAUAUGAGUGACAAUUAUAUAUAUAUAGGUCCCUUCAGUUAUUUUUGAUGCCAAACAAAUGCCACAUCAAACCUUUGGGUAGAUCCGGUUGUAUUUACCAUUACUUAUAAUGUGGGUGACACUAUAUACAUAUGUACAUGGUUCUCUAUUUUGGUGUAUUUUAUGUCACUGACAUCCCUUCUAGUGAUGGUGAUUCACUUUGGGGUUGGGGUUAUUUAAUCCAGUUACAAGAAAAAGUUCACCUUCGCACUAUCACAUACUAGAGGAAGGAAAUAUCCUUUCUUGUUUUUGGUUGGCAGUGGGGAGUAUCGGUCAUGGUUAAAAUUCUUAAAAGGUCCAUGGCAGCCAGUUCAAAAAUACCUGGUAUCAUCUAUCUGGAUAUAUCAACAAUCUCCAUAAAUUUAAUACCAAACACCUAAUCUCUUAGUAUUAAUUGGGAGAACAUUUGUGGCCAUUAUAGAAGCCUUAAAACUGAAAUUUACUACUAGAUUGACUAACUCAAUUACACAUUUGCUACUCUUGAUAGGAUUAUGUUUGAGUUGAUUAGAAUGAAUGCCAUCUAUCUAGUUCAGCGGUUCUCAACCUGUGGGUUGCCACCCCUUUGGGGACCAAACGACCCUUUCACAGGGGUCACCUAAGACCAUCAGAAAACACAUAUGUCCGAUGACAAUUCAUAACAUAGCAAAAUUACAGUUAUGAAGGAGCAACAAAAAUAAUUUUAUGGU